CUCGUUGGUGUAGAUGUCAUUUGUGGCGUUUUAUACGCCAAGUAUUGGAUGAUGUUGGAGGUUAGAAACAUUUCUGUCAAGCUCGAAGAAAUUUUCCAUUUAAGUGUUAACAUUUUAUCUAUCAACGAUCUGAAGAUUGUUGAAUAAUUAAUGGAUUGAUAAUGGGUCUAUUAACAGUACUGAAAAAAUUGAAGCAGAAGGAGAAGGAGAUGAGAAUUUUAAUGUUGGGUUUGGAUAAUGCAGGCAAAACGACAGUGUUAAAGAGACUCAAUGGCGAACCAAUAGACACUAUAUCGCCCACGCUUGGCUUUAAUAUUAAGACAUUAGAACACCGUGGAUACAAACUCAAUAUAUGGGAUGUGGGUGGACAAAAAUCAUUGCGUUCCUAUUGGAGAAAUUACUUUGAAUCAACAGAUGGACUUGUUUGGGUAAUAGACAGUGCAGAUAGAAGGCGAUUGGAUGAUUGUAAGACAGAGUUGUAUAAGCUUCUGCAGGAAGAAAGGUUGGAGGGAGCGAGUCUCCUCGUACUUGCUAAUAAGCAGGAUAUGCCUGGCGCCUUGUCUGCAGCUGACAUAGCUGACAUUCUGGAAUUGCCUAAUAUAAAGACUCAUCACUGGCAAAUCUACAAGUGCUCCGCUGUGACGGCUGAAAAUCUAGUUGAUGGUAUCAAUUGGAUUGUUGAUGAUAUUGCAGCGAGAAUAUUUUAUAUAGAUUAAUAUAGAUAAAUUCAGAUGUUGAUAUUUUACCUCAUUAAAUACAAAAAUUAAUGCUUGCAAAUAAAUUUUUGUAAAGUAAAAUUUAUAUUAGAUAUUUUGUAGCAAAAGACAAUUGACAUAGUGUAACAUAGUAAAUCAUUUUAUUAUUAUUGUUUACCAAUAUUUAAUAAAAUUAAAAUGAUUCAUUGUA